UUAUCUGGCGUUGCUCCUUAUCCUAUUGUGGCUUCUGUUGAAGGUUUUCUCAGACCUUGCGGCGUACUUUCUAUUCCAUCUGCCUUCCGUAAAUCCAUCUGGAAACCUCUGAUUGACCUUUCUUAUGCUCAUUCUGCACGGCGUUUGGCAAACAACAGAAAGCCAUGUCUGUAGUCAAAGUUGAGCAUUCCGAGUUCUACGAAUCCGAAAACAAUCCCAAGCAAGGUGGUCUUCUGGAUCGGAGACUUGGGACGACCGAUAGGAACUUCAAAUGUGCCACUUGUGGCGAGAACAUGACGGACUGCCCUGGACACUUUGGUCACAUUGACCUUGCCAAACCUGUUUUCCAUGGAGGUUUGAUCAAGAAGGUCAAAAAGGUUUUGGAAUGUGUCUGUUUCCAUUGCGGGAAACUGAAGGUUGACUACACGAACACGAGAUUCGCUGCUCUGCAAAGACUGAAAAACCGGGCACGGCUCUUUGAGGAAACAUGGGAUCUUUGCAAAGGGAAAAUGAUCUGUGAAGGCGCAGAACUGAACGACGAUGAUAUGGAGGACCCAAUGCAGCCCAAGAAGAAUAAUCACGGGGGUUGUGGCGGAAGGCAACCAGUGUUCAAGAAGGACGGCACGCUUUCAUUGUCCACGUUCUGGAAAUCCACCAAGGACGAGAUUGAAAGCGGCCAGGAGGCGGCAAAGUCGCUCCCUCUUACCGCCGAAAAGGUGUUGCAGCUCUUCCAAAAAAUCACCGAUGCAGACUGCGUCAGCAUGGGUCUCAAUCCUCAAUGGGCCCGCCCUGAGUGGAUGUUGAUCUCAGUUCUGCCAGUGCCCCCAAUGGCUGUCCGACCAGCUGUGAGCAUGGACGGUGUUGCGACCAAUCAGGACGAUUUAACGCACAAGCUUCGCGAUAUCGUUCUGGCCAACAAUUCGUUACGGCAGCAUGAGACCGAUGGCGCUCCGGCACACAUCAUCACCGAGUACGAAAACCUCCUGCAAUACCACAUCGCGACGUACAUGGAUAACGAUCUCGCAGGUGUACCGCAAUCUCUGCAAAAGUCCGGUCGGCCCCUGAAGUCCAUUCGCGCCCGUCUGAAGGGGAAGGAAGGCCGUCUUCGUGGGAACUUGAUGGGGAAGCGAGUGGACUUCUCCGCACGUACGGUCAUCACGGGAGAUCCGAACUUGUCCAUCGAUCAAGUCGGAGUUCCACGCAGUAUCGCUCGAAACUUGACGUUCCCAGAAAUGGUCACGCCGUACAACAUCCAUAAACUUCAGGCGAUGGUGAAGAAUGGACCGAUGGAGCAUCCUGGUGCCAAGUACGUCAUCAAGGACGACGGACAGCGUAUCGAUUUGCGAUACAACAGGCGCGGUGCAGAUAUCCAUCUGCAGAGUGGCUAUCGUGUGGAGCGACAUCUCGUGGACGAUGACAUUGUCAUCUUCAACCGUCAGCCCUCAUUGCACAAAAUGAGUAUGAUGGGUCACAGAGUUCGAGUCAUGCCGUAUUCUACGUUCCGGUUGAACUUGUCCGUUACAAGUCCUUACAACGCCGAUUUCGAUGGAGACGAAAUGAAUUUGCACGUUCCGCAAUCCUACGAGACCAAGGCCGAGCUUCUGGAGAUUUGCAUGGUCCCCAAGCAGAUUGUGUCGCCGCAGAAAAAUGCCCCGAUCAUGGGUAUUGUACAGGACACCCUUUGCGGUAUCCGCAAGUUUACGAAGCGUGACACCUUCAUGCGCAAGGAUCUGGUCAUGAACUUGCUGAUGUGGGUUCCGGACUGGGAUGGAACAAUACCGCAACCAGCGAUCCUGAAGCCGGUGCCUCUGUGGACCGGGAAGCAAAUCAUCAGUCUGGUCCUGCCGCCGAAGAUCAAUGUCAACGGAAAACAUACCGCGUUCGUGGCUUCAGCAACGAACCCUGACAUAGAUAUUCCCGACUGUCGCGUGCUGAUUCAAGAUGGGGAGCUGUUGAGUGGUAUUCUGGACAAAUCGAUGGUUGGUGCGACCGCCGGCGGUAUUGUUCACGUCACCAUGAACGAGCAUGGUCCCGAAACGGCGAAGAAGUUCUUCAACGGAUGUCAGACCGUUGUCAACUACUGGCUUUUGCAACACGGCUUUUCCAUUGGCAUUGGAGAUACCAUCGCUGACGCCCAGACUACUGAGCAGAUCAACGACGAGAUUAGCAAAGCGAAGUCGGCUUGCGAUCUAAUCAUCAAAUCGGCGCACCAGGGCCAACUGGAGGUGAUUCCUGGUAUGAACGUCCGCGAAACCUUCGAAGCUCAAAUCACGAAGGAACUCAACAAAGCCCGUGACGGAGCUGGUAAAAGUGCUCAGAACACCUUGAAGGAGUUCAACAACGUGAAGCAGAUGGUCGUAGCUGGGUCCAAAGGAUCAUACAUUAACGUGGCGCAAAUGUCCGCUUGUGUCGGUCAGCAGAACGUCGAAGGAAAGCGCAUUCCCUUCGGUUUCAAAUACCGCGCGCUUCCGCAUUUCACGAAGGAUGAUCACACACCUGUAGCCCGUGGAUUCGUGGAAAACUCGUACUUGCGUGGCCUCACACCGCAAGAGUUCUUCUUCCACGCUAUGGGAGGUCGUGAAGGUCUCAUUGACACCGCCGUCAAGACUGCCGAAACCGGUUAUAUCCAACGUCGUUUGGUGAAGGCGCUGGAAGAUUUGAUGGCUCAAUACGACGGAACUGUUCGGAACGCUCUUGGAGAGAUUGUCCAGUUCUGUUACGGUGAAGACGGAAUGGACGGAGCCAAGGUCGAGAGGCAGACACUGGACAGCUUUGCGAUUGACGACAACGAGUUUGUGAACAAAUACAAGGUUGACAUGGCGUCGGACAAGUUCCGUUUCAAGAACAAUUCGUUGGAGUUCAAGAUCUCCGAGGAUCUGAUGAACGAGAGUGCUCAGGCUCGCUUUGACGCUGAGUUCGAGCAGCUGGAGCUCGAUCGUGAAACGCUGCGAAAGGAGAUCUUCGGGCGGAAUAGCAGCACAGCGUGGCCGCUACCACUCAACAUCCAUCGAAUGGUGUGGAACGCACAACAUGCGUUCAACAUUGACCGGAGGAAACCUACGAACUUGCACCCUCUGAACGUCAUGGACUCGGUCAAGAGUCUCCUUGACAGGCUGGUUGUUGUUCGUGGACACGAUGAAUUGUCCAAAGAAGGUCAAGAAAACGCGACUCUUCUGUUCCAUAUCCUGAUUCGUAGCGUUCUCUCGUCGCGCCGUGUCAUUGAAGAGUUCCAUCUCACCAGCGAAGCUUUCGAUUGGAUCAUCGACGAAAUCAACACCCGUUUCAACCAGUGCUUGGUGAACCCCGGCGAGAUGGUCGGAGUGCUUGCUGCUCAGUCGAUUGGAGAGCCCGCGACUCAAAUGACGUUGAACACUUUCCACUUGGCUGGUGUGGGUUCCAAGAACGUCACGCAGGGUGUACCGCGUUUGAAGGAGAUUAUCAACGUGGCGAAAAACACGAAGACGCCCGGUCUCUCGGUUUAUCUGCUACCAGAGUUCAGCGCCUCGGCCGAUACGGCAAAGGUCAUUGCGGAACAGUUGCAACACACGACUUUGUUAAACCUGACCAGUAAAACUGAGAUUUGGUACGACCCUGAUCCUUUGAACUCGGUCAUCGAAUCGGAUCGGGAAAUCAUGCAAGCCUGGGCGGAAAUGGAAGACGCAGCGGAGUUGGGCAACUACUCGCCGUGGGUCCUUCGUAUCAUCUUGAACUUCAAGGCGAAGUCAGACAAAAAUUUGUCGUUGUUCGACAUUAGUACGAAAAUUCAAGAAGUGUUUGAUCAGGAUGUCAAAUGCUGGGUGUCCGACGAUAACGCGAAGGAUAUGGUUAUCCUGGCUCGUAUCAAAACCGAUACCAAGGACGGCGACGGGGAUGAGGACGGCAAGUUGGAUGAAGACCAGUUCUUGCGAAAAGUCGAGGAGAACAUGUUAAAUCAGAUCACGUUGGCGGGUAUACCUGGUAUUCAUCGUGCCUACCUGAGCGAGAUCUCUCGGCCGACGUACGAUGAAACGGGAAGGCUCAACCCAGCGGGCAUCAAAGAGUGGUACCUGGAAACGGAAGGAACCGGUCUUGCUGCCGUGUUGGCUCACGAAGGUGUCGAUCAACGACAGACCACGUCCAACUUCAUCGUCGAGAUCGGCGAAGUGUUUGGUAUCGAAGCGACUCGUGCGGCUGUCCUCAAAGAAGUGCGUGGAGUCAUUGAGAACGACGGUUCGUACGUCAAUUACAGGCAUUUGGCGAUGCUUUGUGAUAUCAUGACGCAGCGGGGAACCUUGAUGGCUAUCACGCGUCAUGGCAUCAACCGCACGGAAGCUGGCGCUCUUGCUCGAUCGUCUUUCGAAGAGACGGUUGAGCUGCUAGUUGAGGCGGCUGGACAGGGUGAGGUGGACGACUGUCGGGGUGUGUCCGAGAACAUCAUUCUUGGGCAGCUGGCACCCAUGGGGACCGGGUUCAUUGAUGUAAUCCUGGACGAGAACGUUCUCAAGAACGCGCCGGUGGACCUUGGUCUUGGCUCAAGCCACGGCAUGGACACCGGUGGCUUCACCCCGGGUUUCAUGUCGCCCGCCCACACCCCGUACUUCGAUCGCAGCGCUGGCGGCGGAUACACCCCUAUGGGUGGGUACUCCCCUAUGGGACCCGUCGUUUUCUCGCCGUACGGUCCAGAUGCGGGUAUGAAACCUGCGUUCACCCCUGGUUACGGAGGUGGCACUAGCCCUGGUUACAGCCCCACAAGUCCGAACUACAGUCCGACCAGCCCCAGCUACAGUCCGACAUCUCCGAGUUACUCGCCGACAAGCCCCUCGUAUUCACCGACGUCACCUAGCUAUUCGCCGACGAGUCCAUCUUAUUCCCCAACGUCGCCGAGUUACUCUCCAACUAGCCCGAGCUACUCGCCGACGAGUCCGUCAUACUCCCCAACAUCCCCGAGCUACUCGCCCACCAGUCCUAGCUACUCUCCGACGAGCCCCAGUUACAGUCCAACCAGUCCAAACUACUCGCCGACAAGCCCGAGCUACAGCCCUACGUCGCCGAGUUACUCUCCAACGUCUCCCACUUAUUCUCCCACGUCUCCGACGUACUCGCCCACCUCUCCUACAUAUUCGCCCACAUCUCCAACAUACUCACCAACCUCACCAACGUACUCGCCGACAUCGCCUACCUAUUCCCCCACUUCGCCCACAUAUUCCCCCACGUCCCCCACCUACUCUCCGACUAGCCCAACCUUCUCGCCCAACUCGCCAGCGGGAGGUUCAGCGAUUGCGGGAGGAGGUUACAGCCCCGCGGCGGCAAGUCCGAUGUAUUCGCCCAGCACGCCGUCGUACACUCCUAUGAGCCCAGCUGCUGGCGGAAGCACCUACAGCCCGAUGAGCCCCGCCUACCAACCCAAUGGGACUCAAAACAGGAACAAUGGAGCGGCAGGAUCAGACGGUGGUAGCUCGUCGUCCUGAAAACGAAACUCAGAUUCAACCAUCAAAGGAAGGCGGUCUGCUUCUUGAGAAGAAUCGAUCUGGACUCCCAAAAAAGAACACCG